GUAAUGCCAAAAAUAUAAAACGGAUAAAGUUGGAGCACUAAAACGAAAAUUUUUCCUUCCGCGAUAUGCUAAAUCUGAAAAAAAUUGUAAAUCAAAAUUGAGUACGGACAAACGACACCACCGUCCCGGUCAGAAACUGUUUGCUCCGCUAAAACGAGUCAACUCGCGCUGGUUAGAGCUAUGUAUAAGUGCAUCCAUUCUGUUUAAUAAGGAUGCCAGGCAUACCUCUCGUGGCUCGUGAAACUGCGAAUUGUGUUUGCAAUUGCAGUUACUCUAGAGGGGCAGAUCAUAUGUGUCGCCAAGAUCCCCGUGCACAUUUGUCUCCAGAAGAGCAAAUUGCAGCUGAGGAGAGCCUUUCAAUUUAUUGCAAGCCAGUUGAAUUAUACAAUAUUCUUCAGCGCCGAGCUGUUAGAAACCCAUCCUUCCUUCAAAGAUGUUUGCGAUACAAAAUACAAGCAAAAAACAAGAGAAGGAUUCACAUGACAAUAUCUCUUCCAUCAACUGUAAAUGACGAAUCUCGAAUUCAAAGUCUAUUCCCUUUAUGUAUCCUGUUAGCAAGACCAGUUUAUAGUCCUGCAGUUGUAGAGGAUUCUGCAGUUUAUCAUUUCAGUCGAGCAUGUAUAUUAACUAAAUGUGCGGGAGAUGGUCGGAUGAGCCAAGAUCAAGCUAAUUUUAUUCUUCCUGAGUUUAACAAACUGUCAGCAGAAGUUAAAUCCGGUUCUCUCUCUAUAUUGUUUGUCAGUUGUGUCGAACUAUUUAAGGAGCAUGCAGAGGGAUCAUUAUUUCCAGCUAAUGUUGAGGGUCCCUGCUUCCUCGGUAAAAUUCCAAUGGAACUACUUCAUUUAUCAUGGGACAAAUCUCUGAACUUGAGUGGUGGGCAGAGAGCUGAGAUGCUAUCCACUGUUGACUUGCAUUCAUGCUACUUGAAGACAAACUGUUUUGGAGAUGACAAAUGCUUCUCAUUUCGUAGUCCUCGUGACAGAACUAUGCCUAUGUCUCAACAACUUCAAGUCCGUGUUGCGGCAGAAGAAGUUGGAACCAAGGAGAGAUCUCCUUAUGAUUCAUUUUCAUACAGAGGCAUUCCUUCCUCCACUUUGCCACAGAUUAUUAGGUUGAGGACUGGAAAUGUUGUUUUCAACUACAAAUACUAUAAUAACAAGUUGCAGAGGACCGAAGUGACGGAAGACUUUACAUGCCCUUUCUGUUUGGUUAAAUGUGCAAGCUUGAAGGGGCUGAGAUAUCAUUUGCCCUCCUCUCACGACCUCUUCAACUUUGAAUUUUGGGUUACAGUGAACGUAUCAGUUAAGACAGAUACAUGGAGAUCUGAGAUUGUUGCUGCAGGUGUUGAUCCUAAGCAACAAACUUUUCUCUUUUGUUCAAAGGCUGCACGACGUAGAAAAAGGAAGAGCCAAAUGCAAAGCUCAAGUCAUGUGCACCCUCUCGUCUUAGAGUCAGUGGUGCUGGGAUCAAUCAAUGAGCCUCGAGACAAGACUGAUGGUAUUGCAGAGAGUGGGGACCGCGAUGCAUCCAGUCCUAGAGUUUCAUCAGCCACAACUCAUUCAUAUGCUGAACCUGAUUGUACUCAGACAUUACCUGGAACCAACCUUGCACCUCCCGCAUUACUACAAUUUGCUAAGACAAGGAAAUUAUCAAUUGAACGGUCUGAACCCAGAAAUCGUGCACUCUUGCAGAGGCGGCAGUUCUUUCACUCACAUAGAGCUCAACCCAUGGCCUGGGAGCAAGUCCUGUCUGAUCGUGACAGUGAGGAUGAAGUUGAUGACGAUGUUGCAGAUCUUGAAGAUCGAAGGAUGCUCGAUGACUUUGUGGAUGUUACAAAGGACGAGAAGCAGUUGAUGCAUCUCUGGAAUUCUUUUGUCAGGAAGCAAAGAGUCCUUGCAGAUGGUCAUAUUCCUUGGGCCUGUGAGGCGUUCUCCAAACUGCAUGGACAGAAUCUUGUCCGAACACCUGCUCUACAAUGGUGUUGGAGAUUAUUUAUGAUUAAACUGUGGAACCAUGGCCUUCUUGAUGCUCGCGCGAUGAACAAUUGCAAUAUAAUUCUGGAGCAAGUCCAAAGCCAGGAUAUUGACCCGGGAGAAUGAGAUACAGAGGGAACUUCAUCAUACCAUUAUUUAAGCGUGUCUUUUAUUUUUAAGGUGGAAAUUCACAUGCAAAUUCCCGACAUUAACUAUUUUUUUGGGCGAAAAAGCACAAGAAAAAAGAAUCCCUCUGCUGAUACAUGACAUGAACCCCAUGAGUUUACUUGCUUAAUUGAGAAGGGAGGCUGUUGUUGUACAUGGGAACAACUUGUUUAAAUUCUCCCAGUGUCUGCUUAUUCCAAUUUUAAAUAUACAAACUCAUUUAUUGUUUCCUUCUUCUUUCAUAUGUAUACUUGUAAGAUUGUUAUAGUUUCUGGAUGAUUUUGGGUAGCUGAUAGGUGAUGGGAUAAGUUGGGGAAGAGAGGAGUACCAUACAAGUGUACAAAGGCACGUAAGGUAAUUAAUCAUAUGCGCACGAGGCAAGUACAUGCCGCGUUUUGGGUAGUAGUACGCUCUUAAAUUGGCAAAACUUAAAUGGAAAGUAGUAUAUAAUGUUUGGUGGAAAUAGCACAUAAUUAUAUGUUCUACCUGUAGCUUAU